AUGAAUAACGCACAUUUGAUUUCUGAAAAGAGGAUGGAGCGCACGGUGAUGUUAGUGGGGGCGCUAAUGUCUUUCGCUGUUGUCCUGCCAGCAGCGCGGGCAGGAAUAUGCCCAAUGAAUAUAACGAGGGAACUGGAUGCGCAUCCAUGGAUGCUUCGGCAAUGCUUAUUAAGGGACAAAUCAUUUUGCUGCGAGGGCAUCAGCGACCUGAUCAAAAUCCUGCACUUCUCCUGGAUGCACACAACUCGUUCUUUUCUAUUACCCGACAACCAAACGGCCGACUCCUGCGUCGAUGAAUUCAGCGAGCAACUCAUAGGCCGCGGGAUCGACUCCCAUCUCAUUGCAAAUUGCAGGCUGGACCUCCAUAGCUUCCUAAGCGACUCUUCCACCUGCAAUAAUAUUACGGAUUUUCAGAGCUUCGAGAAGACGGUCAAUGCGUCGUCUCUGAGGAAAAACUGCAAUGCAUCGAGGCCGGGGACAUUCCAGUGCAGAGACUGCGUGAUGGCCAUGGGCAGGGCGCUCAAUUACUUGACUGAAAUUCCCCUCUCAGGAGGGAAAUCUAAAUGCCCGGCGUUCGUGCUAAUUUAUGUGGGAGGCGGCAUCAACUGCUACGACGCCAUAGGCCCCGACGCCGCUUCUUGUAUACUCAGCGUCAACAAUUUGUCUGCCAUGGCAACCGCAAGGCGUCUGCCUCAUAACAGAGUGGCUCCCAACGCGGUUACCAAGACGCUUGUCAUGACGCUCGUUCCUUCGCUGGGGGUGCUCAUCAUUGUGUUGGCCGCCAUGGUUGCGUACCUGAGAAGGCUCCGCAGCGUGAAGGAGAGGCAACAGAGGAAGCUGAUCCGGAGGUAUGAGAUCCUCAGCGAGACUACAGGUUUGAUCUUCUUCGACAUGACCGAGAUAAAAGACGCCAUGGGGAAUUUCUCGGAGUCGAGCCUUAUAGGAGAGGGGAGCUUCGGUAGGGUGUACAGAGGCACUCUGGCAGACGGAAGGCGAAUAGCUGUGAAGAGAUUCAAGGACUUAAGGCAGAGAGCGGAAGAGGAGUUCAGCCACGAGGUCCAGGUGAUCAGCAACACCAAGCACCGGAACUUGCUCCCUCUGAAAGGCUACAGCAUGGGGGUCAUCGACCAAGUGCCGGAGCAAGUUCUGGUCUACGACUUGAUGGAGAACGGAAGCCUGGCGGAUUAUUUCUUUAGCUCUACCCGACCCUGUCUGACAUGGCCCCAACGGUUCAAGAUCUUGGUGGGAAUAGCGAGGGGGCUGUCGUACCUGCACGAAGAUGCGAAGCCGGCGAUUCUUCACAGGGACGUCAAGGCGGCAAAUGUACUUCUGGACGAGGAACUCAGCCCUCUCGUGGCCGACUUUGGGAUGGCCAAAUUCAAGACGGCGGGCAAGACGCACUAUACCACGCGCACUGUGGGCACGAUGGGUUACGUGGCUCCCGAGUACGCGCUCUACGGUUACCUCAACGACAAGAGCGACGUCUUCAGCUUUGGUAUCAUUGUGCUCGAGCUCUUGACGGGUCGUCGGGCUUUCGAAUCGCGCACUAAUCGUCUCGAGCACGUCCUCGUCUCCGACUGGGUUGUGGACAUGAGUCAGAAUGGGAAAUCUGGAGAAAUAAUAGACGAGAGGAUUCGGCAUUCCGGUUACAGGCAGAGUAUGGAGAGGGUGUUGUUGUUGGCGCUGCAGUGCGCCCACCCGAGAGUUGGGUGCAGGCCUUCCAUCGGUGAGGUGCUGUUGAUUCUGGAAGGCAUGGAGAGCCCUUCGCCAAACAUGAUUUCUGCACUACAGAGCAUGGAACUGGACCUCGAAUCCUCCUGCAAUAGCAGAGGCGACUUUACAUGGCUUAUAUCUUCCGAAUUUACGUGA